AUGAGAUCCGUUCAGAAAACACGCAGGACACGUGGGCUAUUUCAAGGAAAUGGUUAGUGUGUCUCAACCUAUAUAAUUGAACACCCAGUUACUGAAUUGGUCAUCAUCACCAUCUGCAUCAUCUUCAUCACUUUCAAAGAAGACAAACAGAAGACAAAUAAAAACAACUAUUUACAUUUUAAUAUUUUAUACUGAAGUUAUACUGUCUCUGACUGAGACUUCCACUGGUAUUACUGGGAUAAGAGUUAUACUGUCUCUGGAUGACACCUCUACUAGUAUUACUGGGAGAAGAUAUAUACUGUCUCUUUCUGACUGAGACUUAUACUAGUAUUACUGGGAGAAGAGUUAUACUGUCUCUGGUAUUACUGGGAUAAGAGUUAUACUGUCUCUGGCUGACACCUCUACUAGUAUUACUGGGAGAAGAUAUAUACUGUCUCUUUCUGACUGAGACUUAUACUAGUAUUACUGGGAGAAGAGUUAUACUGUCUCUGGUAUUACUGGGAGAAGAGUUAUACUGUCUCUGGUAUUACUGGGAGAAGAGUUAUACUGUCUCUGGUAUUACUGGGAGAAGAGUUAUACUGUCUCUGACUGAGACUUCUAGUGAUAAUCACCCAGUUGAUUAUUAUUAUUAUUAUUAUUAUUAUUAUUAUUAUUAUUAUUAUUAUUAUUAUUAUUAUUGUUACCCUGUACUAGUAUAUUGUGUUUUUUGGUGUAAUAUAAAUCUGUUUAUGUUGACCAAAUUCAACACUCUCUCAUGGUCGUCACUAGUUAAUAAACAUUGUAUAAAAUAUAUUGACUUUCUCUACAUUUUGUUACGUUAGCCUGCUUCUAAAAUGAAAUAAAUAAUAAUAAUAUUCCUCAUCAAUCUAAACACAAUACCCCAUAAUGACAAAGCAAGAACAGGUUUUUAGAAAAUUUUGCUAAUGUAUUAAAAACAAAAAAACAGAAAUACCUUAUUUACAUAAGAAUUCAGACCCUUUGAUAUGAGACUCGAAAUUAAGCUCAGGUUCAUCCUGUUUCCAUUGACCAUCCUUGAGAAGUUUCUACAACUUGAUUAGAGUCCACCUGUGGUAAAAUCAAUUGAUUGGACAUGAUUUGGAAAGGCACAGACCUGUCUAUAUAAGGUCCCACAGUUUGACCGUGCAUGUCCAGAGCCAAAACCAAGCGUGUCCAGGAGAGAUCCAGAGACAGGAUUGGUUGUCCGGGGAUCACAGCUCAGGGGAAGGUACCAAAACCAUUCUGCGCAUAGAAGGUCCCCAGGACACAGUGGCUCCACAUUCUUAAAUGGAAUAAGUUUGGGAACCACAAACUCAGUUCCUAUAGUGGCCGCCCGGCCAACUGAGCAAUCGGGAGAAGGAUUGGUCAGGGAUGUGAACCAAUAACCCAUGGUCACUUCUGACAGCGCUCCAAGUUCCUUGUGGAGACGGGAGACCCUUCCAGAGACAACCAUUCCUCCCCUUGUUUAAAAAAAAACCCCCUUUAAUCCCCCCUUUGCCGGGCCAUUGGGAAAACCCCCUUUUUUUUUAAAAGAAAAGGCCCAAAAACCCCCCCAAAUUUUAAAAAAUUUUUUAAAAAACCCCCCGGGGCCCCCCCAAAAAAGGGAAGGGGGAAAAAAUUUUGGGGGGGCCCCCCCCCCCAAACCCCCCGGGGGUUUUUGGGGGGGGCCCCAGAAACCAAUUCCCCCCAACCCCCCCGGUUUUUUGGGGGGGGGGCCCCCCCCCCCCCAAAAAAUUUUUCCUCCCCCGGGGGGGGGGAAAAAAAAAAAAAAAAGGGGGGGGGGGAAAAAAAAAAAGGGGGGAAAAGAGAGAGAAAAAAAAGGGGGGGGGGGGAAAAAAAGAGAGAGAGAGAAGAAGAGAGAGAGAGAAAAGGGGGGAAAGGGGGGGAAAAAAAAAAAAAAGGGGGGGGGGGCCAAAAAAAUUUUUCCCCCCCCUUUUUCCCCUUUUUUGGGGUUUUUGUAUUACAGUUUUAUGACAUACUGUAGGUACUUUAGUGUGUGUUUUAUGUAUUCAUACAAAUAGUGUGUAACAGUACAUUUAGAAAGAUGAAGUGUUGGGGUGACAGGUUUUAAUAUGAACUGGACUAUUUCUCAUGUUUUCAUGUGACAGCUCUGUGUCCAGUUGAGUCAGAGGGUUUGGCAGUGACUGGACUUGUAGGAGGACAGGUGGAAAUCAAAUGCUCACAUAGAUUCACACAGAAAAACAUAAAAGACUUCUGCAAGGACACCUGCACUGGUUCAGAUAUUCUGGUUCAAACUGAGGACAGCAAGAACUAUAUUGAGAGAGGGAGAUACAGUAUAGAUGACAGAGGAGAUGGAGACUUCACUGUUAUCAUCAAUGAUCCUGAAGACUCUGGGACCUAUGGUGUGGUGGUAAGUUAACACUCAAUCACAUGUUCUCAAAUCUCUCACUCAUAGUUUAAUUCAUGUUUUAACGUAUUUAAAACCUCAUCUCUGACAACCAGACCCCAUGUCCUCUUUGUACCACCAGCAUUCACAUCUAGAGAGACUGAGGGAAACUACCACUCUACAGGUUAA